AUGGCCAGCACCUUGAGCUACAGCGCCGACGCCGCGCCCGCCAAGCCCUGGGAGAAGCGCCAAGCAGCGGCCGCCCAAGCAGGCGGUGACCUAUUGGCGUCUGCUGGUGUCACACCGCAGUCCACAGCCUCUACGGCCUCUCGACUUGCCUCCGGUAGCUCAGCAGUAUCCUCCACCGUAGUUGCUGGUAGUACGGGGCUGUCCAUUGCUUCAGCUGCGACGAAUGGGGCCUCGGCGCUUGGUACUGCGUCGCAGUACGGUACUACAGGGUACGGAGCAACGGGGUACGGAGGUUACGGUGCUACUGGCUACGGUACAGGACUGGGUUCGACGUAUGGCACUGGCUACGGAGGUAUCGGAGGAUAUGGUGGUAUGAGCUCAUAUGGAGGCCUUGGAGGCUACGGAGGUGGCUAUGGAGGGUACGGAGGGUAUGGAGGUUACGGUGGCAUGUCAAGAAUGGGCUACGGCGGCAUGAUGGGCGGUAUGGGUGGUAUGAUGGAUCCGAACAGUGGAGGCCUGGGAUGGCUCAAUAGCUUCAACCAGAUUGUGAGCUCCAUCGGCCAAAUCACUGAGCUGCUCGGCAUGAACGCAGAAGCACUCAACUUUUGCAUCGGGAGCUUUGUGCACUUUCUCGAGCGGAUAGGAGCCAUGUGCGCCGGAAUUGCGGCCAUGUUAGCGCCUCGACCAACAUUCCCGCCGGGUCAUCCUCGACAUGGCGAGCCUCCGGUGACUGAAGAGGAAGAGAAGAGUCGGUUGCGUCGUGUGCGUAUCUUCCAGUUUAUGGUGAGCAUGGCGGCGCUAACGGUUCUAUACAAAGGUCUGCGAUGGGUCAUGCGGCUGCGCUCCAGGACGACGCAAAAGCUGCUGGUCGCACCACCUACAGUCGGAAUGGGUCGAGAUUUGGAGAGCAUUUUCCAGCGUACAGUGGGCGUCAAACGCUUUUAA